AUGAGAAUCUGCAAACAUAGUGCCUCUGCCAUGCCUGGCACAGUGCGUGCCUCGUGGUCUCAUCACAGACACCCAGCUUCUAGAAGGACAUGCUGUCGAUGUGGAAAGAUCUAUGGCGUGACCCCCACAGGCAAACAGACAGGGGAAUGUCACUACCACUUUGGCCGGGUGUUGAGUCACAAAGGACAAGUCCUUGGUGGCUUAGAAAGGCGGUACAGCUGUUGUGAAGGUGUCCUUGGAUCCCCCGGGUGUCAGGUCGCCAAGCUUCACGUUCAUGACCAAAAAGAAAACCUAGAGGGCUUUGUGAAGACUUUUGUCAAGUUUCCACCCCACAAUGGGAAUCACGGUGUAUUUGCUGUGAAUUGUGAGGUGUGCUAUACAGCCAAAGGUUUGGAACUUACUCGAGUGACAGUGGUCGAUCCCAGCCUCCACGUGGUCUACGAUACAUUUGUGAAACCAGAUGAAGAAGUCAUUGACUAUAACACUAGGUUUUCUGGUGUGGCUGAAGAUGACUUGAAGGACACAAAAACCUCAAUCCGUGAUGUGCAAGCCAUCUUAUUGAACCUGUUCAGUGCUGACACUAUACUCAUUGGACAUAGCUUUGAACAUAGCCUCUAUGCACUUAAGUUAAUUCAUCCUUCAGUUGUGGACACGACAGUUAUGUUUCCUCAUCGGCAAGGCUUGCCUCACAAAAGAUCCCUUGAGAGUCUAGCAGCUGACUGCCUGCAGAGAACCAUUCAGGAUGACGGUCACAGUUCAAGUGAAAAUGCAACUGCCUGCAUGGAACUGGUCCUCUGGAAGGUCAAAGACGACCUGAAAGGAAGGAAACUCUGCUUCGCUCAUGACACAGGUGGUGCGGCAGCAGCCCUGCUCUCACUGCAUGUGCUGCCGUGCAUGAGACGCAUCGGGGACAAAGACAGUUUCCUGAUCAUUGUUCCUGACGCCUGA